AUGCUUUUGAAAACCAUUAUUUUAAUUUAUGGAUUGAUUAUUAUACUAAUUUAUCGAGAAGGAAAUACUUUGAAUUAUUUAUCACAGGAAUGUGAUAGUAAAUCAGAAUGGGGCCCAUGGCGUUGCCCUGGUAUAGGAACAAAAUGUACUGCUAACAUUGCAACACGUUAUAAAUGCAUCGGUGGAAAUUGUACAAGUGAUAGUCUAUGUGCUAAACUUGAAAAUCAUACUCAAUCAGAUUCCUGCGUAAAAGUUCUUCAACGUGGUGAAUGUGAACCUUGGUGGACCAACUGGUCAUCGUGGUCUAAAUGUACAACAACUUGUAGAUUCCAUGAAAAACAUCUUACAAAUUUAAGAAUACACGAAGGAGUUGAAAAAGUCUCUUGUCCUGUAAGUCGCCUAUGUUCAGCUAUUAAUGGUGGUUGGAGUCAAUGGAGUGAAUUCACUGAAUGUUCUGUUACAUGUGGCAUAGGAAAACGUGUUCGACGUCGUCACUGUGAUCAUCCUAGACCACAAGAAGGUGGAUUAUACUGCAUAGGAACUGACCACCAAGAGCUCUUUGCGAGUAAACUAAACUGUUUACGUAGAAAAAGUGUAUUCUGUGAAGGUUAUUUACCGUGCCCACGAAAAGGACAGUGGUGCUCUUGGUCACCAAUCAUUCAACAUUGCACACGUAAUUGUGGACCACGUGGGAUGGGAUUAAGAUUACGCCAGUGUGCUUGCCCGAAGCCGUCGCAAGAUGGUGAAGACUGUGAAAUACCACCAGAAACAGCAGAAAUGGCAGUUAAUCUAUUAGUUAAUAACACUACUGACGCUCCAACGGGAUCUGCACUUGAAGCAAUACUUAAAGGUGAAGGAUUAUGGGAACCAUGCAACCGUCAUCAUUGUUCAUAUUUAAAAACAUUAAAUACUGAAGAAGAUUUAUUAUUGUUGGAGGAUUUAAAUCUUCAAAGAGCAGAAGAUGCCUGGAUAUCAUCAGGUGGUCUACCACAGAGAAUUCAUGGUCCCUUAAAACUUUUCUGUCCAUCAUCACGUAAUUCUCGUAAGAAAAUAUUCGAUAAAUCUGAACGCUUUCCAAAAUCCAAGUUUUACUGGACUCGUUCAAUUCCCACUUCUUCAAAAGAACCCUAUUAUAUUCCGGGAAUACCAAUAGUGAAUUCAAAUCUAUUUAUCGUUGAAAAUGAUCACUUGACUAUUCAUAGUUUAGACCCAUCGACUAUGGGAAUUUAUCGAUUUGGUUACGAGUAUGAACCUGGCUAUUUUGAAACAGUUUGCUUUUUUCCUGUUUAUAUUCAUCAAUGGCAACAAGUAUUAUCUCAUGGAGAAACAUUUGACUUAGUUUGUAAUUCAUUGGGAUUAUGGCCUAUUAUAAGUAAAUCUACCACAACAAAAUGGUUCAUUUAUUGGAACGUAACUUUAUUGGAAAAAGAAGAGCAGAAUGAUAUAAAAAAGCAUAAAUUAUGGUGGUAUACAGAACUGAAAAAUUCUCAUAUCGAUAAACAUGAAGGAAAUAAUUCAUUUGACAAUCAAACUGAUAAUCCAUCAAUGUUUGGAACACAAUUCACAUUAUGGGAUACAGAAUAUAAGAGACUGUAUGAUACUGUGAAAAAAAUGACAGGAUAUUAUGAAUGUCAUAUAUUUAAUCAACUUAAUUCCACAUAUAAUCGAACAUUUAUCACGCAAUCAAUUCAUCUUAUAAUAAAACCACCUCCAAAUAUAUGGACCUUAGUGAAAGGCUGGUGUUUACAGCAUCAAAUAAAUUUAAUAAUAUUAUUUUUGAUAAGUAUAAUGACAAGUCUUUCAUAUGCAACUUAUAAAUGGACAAUAGCAAAGAGAUUAUCAAAACUAGAAAUUCAAAUGAAUGAAACAAGAAAGCAUAGACAAAGUACCAAUUUCGAUGACAUUUACAUUAUCAACUAGUUUCGACUAUUUGGUAACAAACAUGCUUUAAUGCAAUCGAAAUGAAUUCAGUUUGACUGAGUUUGUAUGAAAGUAACAGUUCAAGAGCAAUUAUACUGUAUAAAUAACGUAACAACAGGAGAGCUAAAUAAACUAUUAUCAUGAAAGGAUGAUGAGGGAGAAUCACGCAAUGAAGACAUCUUAAAAAAACCAUCCCCGAUACACGAACCCAUGAACAAGUGGAUGUAUAGAACAUACUAUUUCAAGAGAUUUAUUUCUUAUCAACAGACGUCUUAAGAAUUGAAUAA